CUCCCAAUCACAUUUCUAAGCUUUUUAAUUCUCUCUUUCUACUUACUACAACCAAUCAAACAACCACCAUGUCUAUUCAAUCAGCUUCUUCUUUGGCUCCGUCGUCAGCGGUGGUCAUGUCUGCCCAACGAUCACCCUGGCAUUCACCUGUUCCAUACCUCUUUGGAGGCCUUGCUGCCAUGUUGGGCCUCAUUGCUUUUGCCCUCUUGAUUCUUGCAUGCUCCUACUGGAAGCUAUCCGGCUACUUGGACAACCGCCCUGACGCCGACAGGGACCUUGAAUCCGGUGACAGCGACAUCAAACCUGAUAACGCCAACGAAAAGACGCCCACGGUUUUGGAAGAAAAGUAUCUCGUGAUUAUGGCCGGAGAAGCGAAACCAACGUAUUUGGCAACACCAGUUUCCAGCAGAGCGUCGUCGUUUGGUAGUAGUGGUUGUAGCAGUUGCCGGAGCAAUUCAACGGCAUCGACGGUGGUGGAUAUAGAAGGGAGCAGUGAUGAGUUACAACAAGUAAAGAGCCUGGAAAACCAAGAUUCCGGUGACCUGCAGCUUCCUUAAUUGGUAGGGCGUUUUGCAGCUAAACAGUGCCACUGAUCACUCUCUUCUUUAUUCCCAUAUGCUUUAAAUUUAGUCCCCGGAAUUGUACAUAAAAUCCUCCAAAGAUUCUUCGGUCUUAAUAUUUAAAUUUAGUUUUUAUGAUCU